AGCCGUGCUGGUGAGGGAAACGCGGGGUCCUUUGGCGUUGGUUUUAGAGGCCCGGCGGGAGGGGGCGAACUCAGCGGCGAAGGCCAAGGUCACGGAGGGUCUCGGGAUCCUCCAUUCCAUUCCCCACCGCGUCACUGACUCUCGUUCUCGCCCUCCUUCUCCAGUUACUUCCCCUCCGACUCGGGCAGCCCGGGUCUUCUGAUCAGGAAGGUCCUAAUUUCCCACGUCAGUCCCCUGAGUCCCCGACAGGAGCGCUCCGAACCCGGGUGUGGGGACCUGGGAGCGGGGGCGCCGGGCUGCCCGUCCCGGCUUCGCCCGGAGGUGCGGUGGGACUGAGCCUUCUGAGUGACGAGAACGUUAUUUUGAAGCGAGGAUGGCAAGUUGGGCUUUUCUGAACUCAGGCUCUUGAUUCCUCGGUUGGGUCCAAGGGUUGCGAAUUUGAAUGCGUAAUCAGGAGGCACCAAAUAAUGGCAGCAGCUACGGGGGAUCCUGGACUCUUUAAAUUACAGUUUGCCCCCUUUAGCAGUGCCUUGGAUGUUGGAUUUUGGCAUGAGUUGACCCAGAAGAAGCUGAAUGAGUAUCGGCUGGAUGAAGCUCCCAAGGACAUUAAGGGUUAUUACUACAAUGGUGAUUCUGCCGGGCUUCCAGCUCGCUUAACUUUGGAGUUCAGUGCUUUUGACAUGAAUGCUCCCACCCCAGCCCAUUGCUGCCCAGCUGUUGGAACGCUGUAUAACACCAACACGCUGGAGGCUUUCAAGGCUGCAGAUAAGAAGCUACUUUUGGAACAAGCAGCAAAUGAGAUAUGGGAAUCCAUAAAAUCAGGCGCUGCUCUCAAAAACCCUGUACUCCUCAACAAAUUCCUCCUCUUGACAUUUGCAGAUCUGAAGAAGUACCACUUCUACUAUUGGUUUUGCUCCCCUGCUCUCUGCCUUCCUGAGAGUAUACCCCUCAUUCAGGGACCAGUGGGCUUGGGUCAAAGGUUUUCACCAAAACAGAUUCAAGCCCUUGAGUGUGCAUAUGAUGAUCUUUGUCAAGCUGAAGGAGUCCCAGCAUUACCUUACUUCUUAAUCAAGUAUGAUGAGAACACGGUGCUGGUUUCCUUGCUUAAAAACUACAGUGAUUUCUUCCAAGAUCAAAGGACAAAGAUAACAGUUGGUGUAUAUGAUCCCUGUAACUUAGCCCAAUACCCUGGAUGGCCUUUGAGGAAUUUUUUGGUCCUAGCAGCCCACAAAUGGAGUAGUAGUUUCCAGUCUGUUGAAGUCCUCUGCUUCCGGGACCGCACCUUGCAGGGGGUCAGAGACAUCACCCACAGCAUCAUCUUCGAAGUGAAGCUUCCAGAAAUGGCGUUUAGCCCAGAUUGUCCCAAAGCAGUUGGAUGGGAAAAGAACCAGAAAGGAGGCAUGGGACCAAGGAUGGUGAACCUCAGUGAGUGCAUGGACCCUAAAAGGUUAGCUGAGUCAUCAGUGGAUCUAAAUCUCAAAUUGAUGUGUUGGAGAUUAGUGCCUACUUUGGACUUAGACAAAGUUGUGUCUGUCAAAUGUCUGCUGCUUGGAGCUGGCACCUUGGGCUGUAAUGUAGCUAGGACACUGAUGGGGUGGGGCGUCAGACACAUCACAUUUGUGGAUAAUGCCAAGAUCUCCUACUCCAAUCCUGUGAGGCAGCCUCUCUAUGAAUUUGAAGAUUGCCUCACAGGUGGCAAGCCCAAGGCCCUGGCUGCAGCAGACCGGCUCCAGAGAAUAUUCCCCGGAGUGAAUGCCAGAGGGUUCAACAUGAGCAUCCCCAUGCCUGGACAUCCAGUGAACUUCUCCAGCGUCACCCUGGAGCAAGCCCGCAGGGAUGUGGAGCAACUGGAGCAGCUCAUCGAAAGCCAUGAUGUUAUCUUUCUGUUGAUGGACACCAGGGAGAGCCGGUGGCUUCCUGCCGUCAUUGCUGCGAGCAAGAGAAAGCUGGUCAUCAAUGCUGCCUUGGGCUUUGACACAUUUGUUGUCAUGAGACAUGGCCUGAAGAAACCUAAGCAUCAGGGUGCCGGAGACUUGUGUCCCAGCCACCCUGUGGCACCCGCAGACCUGGGCUCGUCGCUUUUUGCCAACAUCCCUGGUUACAAACUUGGCUGCUAUUUCUGCAAUGAUGUGGUGGCCCCCGGAGAUUCAACCAAAGACCGGACCUUGGAUCAGCAGUGCACUGUGAGUCGUCCAGGACUGGCCAUGAUUGCAGGAGCCCUGGCAGUGGAAUUGAUGGUUUCUGUUUUGCAGCAUCCAGAAGGGGGCUACGCCAUUGCCAGCAGCAGUGACGACCGCAUGAACGAGCCUCCAACCUCUCUUGGGCUUGUACCUCACCAGAUCCGGGGAUUUCUGUCAAGAUUUGAUAAUGUCCUUCCUGUCAGCCUGGCAUUUGACAAAUGUACAGCUUGUUCUUCCAAAGUUCUUGAUCAAUAUGAAGGAGAAGGAUUUCAAUUCCUGGCGAAGGUGUUUAAUUCUUCACAUUCCUUCUUAGAAGACUUGACUGGUCUUACAUUACUGCAUCAAGAGACCCAAGCUGCUGAGGUAAUUCCAUACUGUUUUACACAGCAGCUGACACCAAUGUUCAGUCCCACCAACAGUGGAUGAGGGUUCACUUUCCUCCACAUCCUCACCAACACCUGUUUGUUGG